GACUCAUGACGUCCACACGGGCUCUGUUUUAUGGCUCGCCUCCAGCCAUGUCCCCGCCUUCCAAAAACAAAUUCAAGCGCCAGAGCAGGAUAUUUUCUCAGGUCCUGUACCGGACGCUGAGCUACAAGGACCGCAACUCAGUGGCCGCCUACCCGGUGGAGACCAAAGAUGAUCCAGCCGAGCUCUCCACCCAGAUCUCCGCCCCGGGGGUCCUCAAGGUGUUUGGGUGCCACAUCUGUGCGGGCACCCACUACAAGAGUGUCCUGGCGACAGCCAGCUCCAGUGCCCAGGAGCUGGUGAAGGAAGCCCUCGAGCGUUACGGACUAAGCAAGGUGAACGCCGACCAUUAUGUCCUCUGCGACGUCAUCGGACGGUUUGUGAGUUCCGAGAAGCAGUGGCAGAUGGACGGCCUGAGGGUGCUCCGAGACAAUGAGAAACCUCUCUCGAUCCAGGAUCUCUGGAAGCCCCGCGAAGGCUUCUCCCGGCGGUUUGAACUCCGAAAGCGAUCCGAGGUAGAGGAAUUGGCUGCCAAGGACAAAGACACCCUCACAGCAGGUAUUAAUGCCCAGGCUCGGAAACUCCAGCGGAACCGCGCCAAAGGCACCAUGACUCUCCUGACGGGAUGCAAAAGCCACUCCACGCCACCGCCUCUCCGGCGCACGGUCAGCGAGACCAGCCUCAACCAGGCCAGCCCGCAGGACGGCAAAGAGGAGGAGCAGCUCAAAAGGCAUUACUCCACACUGCCAGAGGCCCUCCGCUGUGUGGAGAGCACGAGGAAUGGGCCGCCAGUUCUCACGGAGGAGCCAAGUGGCCAUAUCCUGCGCCACUCGCUUUACCAGUCUCCACAUCUCCUGCUUCUGCAGGGUUACAGCCAGCAACACGACAGUUUAGUUUACCUGUUGAACCGCGACCAGCACACUGUAGGCCAAAGAACUCAGGCUAGCAAGCCCAGCAUUAGCCUCUCCGCUCCGGACAUCCUUCCCCUUCACUGCACCAUCCGGAAGGCUAAGGUCUCCAGCCGCUCCCACCAUCGCUCGGAAGAGAAACUGAUCCUCGAGCCCAUCCCGGGAGCCGGCGUCUCCGUCAACUUCUCCGAGGUGGGGCAGACGGUGGUCCUCCACCACGGGGACUUGAUCUCCCUCGGCCUUUACUAUCUGCUCCUCUACAAGGAUCCUCUGAAAACCCAGCCGCUGCCCGCUCAGACCCUGAUGAGGCUCAAAGCCGUGCGCCGGGCCUCGGAACCAGAGCUCCCGUCCACCUGCAAGAUGUGCGGCAGCCAGGUGAAAGAGAAACCGUCCUCUUCCAAGAAGCCAGGGCCCCAGCCCCCCUCGGGCCGGAGAGCCAGCCGGCGGAGGCCGCAGCUGGAGUUCGACAAGGCGAACGAGGACUUGCUGCUGCGGAGGAUCGUCUCGCUCAUCGAGCCCACGGCCGACGACCACAAGCUGACCCCCGCCUUCCUGCUGUGUCUCUGCGUCCAGCACUCGGCCACCCACUUCAAGCCGGGCGAGUUUGGGCAGCUGCUUCUCAAGUCGGCCAAGAUGAUCCAGAGAACCGUGUGGGAGAAAACAAACGAGCUUGCCGGGAAGCAGAGCCAACACCAGGACCCAGCAUCCCUUUCCCGUUUCACCAUCGCGGAUCUGCUGCCGGACCUGCAGCACGUUAUCUUCUGGAUGUCUAACGCCAUUGAAAUCUUGUACUUUGUCCAGCAGAAAUCCCCAGUCUACAUUCAGAACAUGGAAGAGGAGAUUGACAUCAAAGGUUCGAAGGAAUCGCUCUUUUCCUUAACCAUCACAACCAGCGAAGAGGCCAUGACAGUUCUCGAGGAAGUCAUCAUGUAUACCUUUCAGCAGUGUGUCUACUACAUAUCCAAGUCGCUGUACGUCUCUCUGCCCAUCCUGCUGGAAUGCAACCCGUUCCAGAGUGAAGGCCGGGACGGUUGGCUGUCCUCCCCUCCGCUGCCCGAGGAAAUCCGCAAGGUUGUGCUGGUCUACCAGGCCACCCUGGACCUCCUACAUCAAUACAACGUCCACCCAGAAAUCGCCUCCCAGAUGUUCGCCUACCUCUUCUUCUUCUCCAACACUCUGCUCUUCAACCAGCUCAUGGAAAAAGGCUCCUCACUGGGCUGCUUCCACUGGUCGAAAGGCGUGAGGGUCCGGGCUACCUUGCGGCUCCUCCUGGAAUGGGCUCAGAGCGUUGGCUUCAGCCAGCUGGCGGACCAGUUCUUCAGCAAGCUUUCCAGCGUGGCUAGCCUGUUGGCCAUGCCGAAUUCGCAGCUGGUCCAGAUGACCUGGCCCAUGCUGAGAACGGAAUUUCCGGCCCUGAACGCUGCUCAGCUCCACCACAUCCUGACCCAGUACCAGGUCUCCUCCGAUGUGGGAUGCGUACCUGGUUGGCAGCCUGGGAAAGAAGAUAGCCUGGGGGCCUUCAGGACAGAUGACAUCCUGGAGUCGUUCGACAACCACCCCCCGAUCGUGUUGCCCAGCGGGGGGUUCAAGGUGGACCUGGAGGUGGAACACCUGGACGACAACAUCUACCGCCAUCUCCUCUACAUCCGCCACUUCCUGUGGAGCCUGCGCAGUAAAAGCCCCCACCCCAACGACACCCCAGAAGCAGAAACCCCCAAGACAGAAGCUGUCAGCUGCCAAACCACUCCCCGCGUGGCUUCAGAGACUCCCCCGGUGGGAAACUCCCUCGGCCGGGCGAACCGCAGGCGGCCCACGAGUUGCGCCGAGCCAAGAGCGGAAGGGAGUCCCCUCGUGGUCACGGGCACAAAUGGAUCUGCCCAGGAUCAUGACCUCUGCGAGACGCAGCUCCUGGAGAGCCUCCAACAGGUGCACCUCCAGGCCCAGCCGGGGAAGACCAGCAGCUCCAAUCCCGUCGUGAUCACAGCCGACCUUUCUUGCUUGCUGACCCCGCCCAACACGCCCCUGACCGUUGACCCCGUCAACCUCAACUUGACUCCUGAGGGCAUCCCUGGGAAACCCGGCGCGGAUCCUCGAAGGAAUGGGCUCAGCGGCAGCAAAACCAUAAGCCCAGAAGGCUCUUCACCGACUCCGUACGACUUCCCCACGCCGGCCUCCUCCAGCCGCAGCUCGGCGACGGACGACUUCUGCUAUGUCUUCGUGGUGGAGCUGGAAAAGGGGCCCAUCGGCCUGGGGAUGGGGCUGAUCGAUGGCCUGCACACUCCCUUGAAUUCUCCUGGGAUCUAUAUCCGGACUUUGAUCCAAGAUAGUCCCGCGGCGGCUGACGGCAGGCUCUCCAUUGGGGAUCGCAUCCUGGCCGUUAAUGGCACCAGCCUGAUCGGUUCCGAUUAUCAAAGUGCCGUGGACCUCAUCCGAUCGGGCGGGAAGAAGUUGCGUUUUCUGGUGGCCAAAUCUGACCUGGAGGUAGCCAAGAAAAUCAGCUUCAAUUCUUCUCCCACCCCAUGAAGCGUCGCAUCGAGAGAACCCUCCCGGAGUCUCCCUCCUGCUGACGCGGCAAUGACAAACCAAGCC